CCUUAGCAGCCGGCGACACCUGCAGUACCGCACGCAACCGCCAGAGUCGCCAGCGAGCACACGCUGCCCAGCUAAAAGAUGUGAAAAUGGCGGAGUUACAAAUGCUUCUGGAGGAGGAAAUUCCAGCGGGACGAAGCGCUCUGCUGGAUAGUUUCACCAAUUUGGAACGAGUCGCCGAGUAUUGCGAGAACAACUAUGUCCAGUCUCCAGACAAGCAGCGAGCGCUGGAGGAGACCAAGAACUACACCACCCAGUCCCUGGCCAGUGUGGCAUACCUGAUCAACACGCUGGCCAACAAUGUCCUGCAGAUGCUGGACAUCCAGGCUUCGCAGCUACGUCGCAUGGAGUCUUCCAUCAACCACAUCUCUCAGACGGUGGACAUUCACAAGGAGAAGGUGGCCAGGCGGGAGAUCGGCAUUCUCACCACCAACAAGAACACAUCGCGCACACACAAGAUCAUCGCCCCCGCCAAUCCAGAGAGGCCCGUGCGCUACAUCCGCAAGCCCAUUGACUACAGCCUGCUGGAUGACAUGGGCCACGGAGUCAAGUGGUUGCAAAGGUUUAAGGCCAGCGCUCAGAGUAUGAAAGCUGGAGGAGGCGGACUCCCUCGCACGAACCCCCCUACACAGAAGCCCCCCAGCCCACCCGUGAGCGGGAAAGGGACCCUUGGGCGGCACUCCCCAUAUAGGACGCUUGAACCAGUGCGUCCUCCUGUCGUCCCUAACGACUACGUCUCGAGUCCGACGCGCAACAUGGCGCAUCCCCUGCAGAGCCCAGCACGCACUGCAUCUGUUAAUCAGAGGAACCGCACGUACAGCAGUGGCAGCAGCGGCGGCAGCCACCCCAGCAGUAGUCGCAGCAGCAGCCGGGAGAACAGUGGCAGCGGCAGCGUGGGAGUGCCAAUUGCUGUGCCAACCCCAGCCCCGCCCACCGCCUUUCCAGCCCCAGCUCCAUCCAACACAACUAAGCAAACGCCCAACACUACCACCACCCCAGGCCCCAUGCCUCCUGUUCUUGAUGGCCCCCACCAGGCCUCUAACCCUCCUAUUGAGAUCCCGCAUGUACCCCCACCCCCUCCCCAACUCCCCACUUCCACAGCCCCCACUGGCACAGGAGCCGCCACUUGUGGCAACCCUGCACAAGGUGCGCCUCAUUUUUCCAGCAUGAACCGCCCGGCGCAGCCGCCUCAGAACGCCCACGUGGGGGGGUCACUGCCUUACCGCCGGCCUUCAUCUGUCACUGGCCAGCCAAACGUGGUCCCCAACCAGAACCAGCUCAACGGGGGACCACACUUUGCCCAGAAUCAAGGCCCACUCGCUCCCCCUCCCCCUUCCAUGCAGAUCACGCCUCAGCUGCCCCUGAUGGGCUUUGUGGCCCGGGUUCAGGAGACCAUCUCGGACGUGCCGCCCCCACCCCCCCUUGCGGACGAGCCGGUGUUUGAGGAGCCGACACCUCCCCCUCCCCCGCCGGAGGACUACGAGGACGAUGAAGACGACGAGGAGUCAGCGGUGGUGGAGUACAGCGACCCGUACGCAGAAGAGGACCCGCCCUGGGCGCCGCGCACCUACCUGGAGAAAGUGGUGGCCAUCUACGACUACACUCGAGACAAAGAAGACGAGCUGUCCUUCCAGGAGGGCGCCAUCAUCUACGUGAUCAAGAAAAACGACGACGGCUGGUUUGAGGGCGUGAUGAACGGCACCACGGGCCUCUUCCCCGGCAAUUACGUGGAGUCCAUCAUGCACUACGCUGACUGAGCACCGCCCCUCGAGGAGCGGAUAGCCGAUGGAGGAGGAAGGGAACGAGGGAAGCCGAGGGAUAAAGGUCAAAGACUUUGAACGGACAGAGCAUGAUCACCUCCGGGAUGGCACGUAGACAAGAAAGCAGACGGCAUCGUCGCCACGUAAACAACCACUACUUUUUCCCGCCAAGUUUGUGUUCUAUUCAAAUGGCUCUUAUUUGAUAACACGAUAACAUAUUUAUUUUGAGGAAGAUUUCCACGUUGCAGCUUUAGUACCGGGGCUGAAGGAGCUGGCGAAAGCAUUCCACCCAACAUUUCCCCUCGGACAAACGGGAAAAGCAACCGUAGCGAUGACACCAUGCGGUGUGUUCACGUGACACACGCUACAUGGAGGCGGGUCAAAGAACGUUUUCCAUUUAAUUUGAUGUUUGCUUCUGGAAGGUCACAUGACCCUUAAAGCUGUUACAUGAAUAAUCUGAACACUGGGUGUCCCUAAAGUCUGGACACACAGGAAAAAACAUAUUACUCUAUUGCAAUACAAUAAUCCCUUCAACUAUCACAGUUUUACAAAAAAUAUAUUCAUAAAUCAUGCUGUUUUGUGGUUGAAUGCAGCCUAUUAGUCCCAAAAUAUCUAUGUUUAGGCAAAUUUUACAUAUAUAUAUUUUUUAAGAAAGGUCACGCAUAAAAAUGGCUAAAUGAAGUUGGGAAGACUCAAUCAAAGACGUCGUGAUGAUGGUCACUAGACGUCAAUAAUGGCACUAAUGUUUGUUGAGACACACAAGCACCAGAGGCGAUUGCCGGAACAACAGGCUUCUUAUUGCAGGUUUGAAUGAGCUCACAAGCACAAUAAAACUCAACUCUGAACCCUCGAUGUCGCUUGCUGUCGGUCCCCCACUCGUCUCCCCCUAGCAGCAGAACACAUUGACAGUAACACGCGAACAUUAGUCUUAUUUGGGUCUUAUAUGUCUUAUUUUCUCUUAUGUCUACCAUAUUGGCUAAUAGGUGCAUAAAGGUGACUAUAGAGGUGUUAUUCCAUAUCUAGAGGGCUCUAAUAAUGUUUAAAAACGUAUUAGAAGGUCAUAAACACGUUUUCUAUGCUCUAACUACAAAAACCCGGAUAAACGAGGGUUUACUGUACAGUGGAUCCUCUGUUUUGUCACUAAUCUCUUCCACAACGUCUGAUGAAAACCAAAACGUUCAGAAAUCGAUUGGAUUUUUCUCCAUAAGAAAUCAUGGACACAGAAUAGUAACAGUUUUGCAUGCACACUUGCAACUUUUUCUUUUGCAGUCCUUAAAAAAAAAAAAAAAGCAGCAGCACAGAUUCCUUUCAGAAA